CUACAAAGAGUACAUCUGCCUCUUUACUCAGCCGCUCUAUGUGAAACUGCGCCGUCUGAGCCUAUGCCCGUGCUCUCUUCCUCAAUGUCUUGUACAUACGGCACCCCGCAUAGCGACAUCACCUUAGGACCACCUCAUACUGGGUAUAUGAUUGAUUCUAAGCGGUAGAAUGAUUAAGCCUCUCAAAGUUACAAUCCAUAAUUGACAUACCGGUCGUGUUAUACUUAACUCCAUAUACGAAAUAAUUCUCCCGUUCUUUAAUCCUUGGACUAAAGAUGCUAACAGGUGGAAAGCAAUUCUCCGCAUUACUACAUCGAAUUUCUCCGUCUCCUGGUCUGGGGAAAUUUACGCCCAAAUGCGGAGUGAUCAAAUCCCCAGAACCCCCAGAUUCGUCCAAUUAGUGACUUAGGUAGUUAUACAAGCUCUUGGGCUAUGGAUAAGCCUUGUGACAGUCGGAGUUGGCUGCGUAUGCUUGACCAACGGUAUUGAUCCGCGUUGAGUUUACUGCUAUGUGUCUCCCCGCAAUUUUUCCCGGGGUAAAAGAACAUGAGACAGAUUUUCCGAUAUGAAGUAUAAAAGAUUCACACUGCAUUUCGGGGAUGCGUGUGAGAGGGAUUGGUUGUUCAUACCAGCGGAUUCCCACCAUACAACCUGGUUACCAUGCGUUCACCGGGGCUAUCACUCCUGUUCGGUGCCCUUUUCGCAUCUGCAAGCCCUCUCCAAACUUCUAGAUAUGCCUGUCAAACGGCCCUCAGCUGUCCUGAAGGAACAAUUCUUGUCUCCAAGACCGACCCCUCCGCCCAUUUCACCACUGUGCAAGACGCCAUCCUUUCCCUCCCGAAUGAUAACACCACCCAAACCAUCCUCAUCCUCCCAGGAACGUAUAAGGAGCAAGUAAAUGUUACUCGGUCCGGGCCUGUUACGCUCCUCGGACAGACUGAUGACCCUAACAAUGCUACCAAAAACAAAGUCACUCUUACCUGGGCCCAAGCCAACCAUGACAAUACCGGCCAGGCAGUGGAUAAUGUCUUCUCAAGCGUCCUGACCGUCGCGCCCACGCUGGAAUCAAGCUAUACAGGAUCGGGCACGACAGGAUAUCCUGUACCAGAGGAUACACCGUUCGGCAACGUCGAUUUCCGGGCAUACAAUAUUGAUUUCACGAAUACAUGGCGAGACUACUCCGAUGGGCCGGCGCAUGCGAUCAGCUUCAGUCGCGCCAAUGGUGGGUUCUAUCACUGCGGGUUCUAUUCUUACCAGGAUACUGUUUACGUGGGUAAACUGGGCAACGCCUACUUCCACAAAAGCAUCAUCGCCGGCCAAACUGACUUUCUCUACGGCUUCGGCACCGCCUGGAUUCAAUCGUCUGAGAUUCUUCUGCGCAACUGCGGCGGCGGUAUCACAGCUUGGAAAGGAACCAACACUACCUUCACCAACAACUACGGCGUGUACAUCGUCGAUUCUACCGUCAAGGCAGCCAAUGCAUCCAUAGCCCCCGAUAUCCGGGGUAAAUGCGCCCUGGGCCGUCCAUGGAAUAGCCAGCACCGGUCUAUAUUCGCGCGCACCUCCGAAGACGCAAGUAUCAUUCCAGCUGGGUACAUCGACUGGAUCGUCGAUGGCGAGGGUCGCUUGAACAAGGAUACCGUCAUGGCCGAGUACAAGGCUUUCGGACCGGGCUUCAACGCCACAGGCCGAAAAGACGGAAACGUCACGAUAGUAAUGGACGACAAAGAAUACUCGAGAUACAGCUCCCCAGCAAGAGUCUUCCAGUAUCCAGACGGGAAAUCGGGGAACAUCGGCUGGAUCGACUGGAAUGUAGACAAGAACUGAUACAAUUACUAUUAUCAUACUCCAAAUACACAUACCUUCUCUCUCAAUCAUAUCAUACAUCUCCCUUCUUCCCCAACCAAACAAGUAAAAGGAAACAAAAUAAGAGAGGCAUGAAAUACACAU